AUGCAACCCGUUAAAAAAUCAUCCCAUACUGGUGGUACAGAAUCUGAAGUGGCACCACAGGCGUCAUCGUCAUCAACCCACGACGCCCGACCCUGGCCAAAAAUCUUGUCAUUUGCGGGACCUACCCCACGGGACCUCUUAGAUAUUUACUAUGCGAGGUCCUCAAAUCAUACCGUCGACGUUGGAAAAGUGGCACCCAGCGUGGAGUCCACCCGCCUCAUCCGUUCGUUGUCCCAACACCAUGACAAUCUGCAUCUCACAAACUCUGGUUCUGUGAUGAAAGAGGACCAUCUUGUCUUGCAGAGCCUGGCCACUGGAACAAUAGAUCUAGCUUCUCUCAUUCGAAGAUUACCCCACUCCCAAGAGAAGCGUUCCCAGGGGGUGAUGCGGAACCAGGCGGCGGGAGUAUCAUCAGACAGACAUCGCCCGUACAAAAUCAUAAUGAACAUGCAAACGUUUUCUGUCGUCCAUCCGGAGAGACAUCAUUCACGCAAAUCAAUACUUCCCAGCACCGAGAACAACACCACGGGCAAGGCUCCCGGGUAUAACAUUCCCGUUGAGCAUAUGCCUCUAUCGGCACCGAGCCCAAACGAAGAUGGAAUCAAGGACGAAGGCACAAAGGGGCCAAGAGGAACUGCCCACAAUCGUUGA